AGUGAAGAGAGGGAUGGCAUCAAUGGUGAAGCCCACCUUUCAGAACUCCAUAGAGGAUGUCAAUUUACUAUAUGAGGUGAGACAUUUUCCUUGGAUGACUACAGUAGCAAAUAUUGUAUGAAUCCUCUGCGUCAAUAACCAAAAACAUGGGUUUGUAAUGAGUCUACUGUUUUUGGCUGUGCUGUGCAGAUCCUGCUGGCUGGCCUGCAGUUUGGAGACGAGCGCACUCUGUUCUCCGUGCAAGACGAGGAGUUGGCCUCCCUACGGAAGACCAGAAAGCUGGAAGUCAUCUGCGAGGACAUCCUGCCCAAAACACUCUCUGACAUUCGUCGCCUGACAUCUGACCUUUCCAAUCACAUGGGCCGCCUGCGCCUGGAGGACUUUGAGCGCACUGUGCUGACCAUGGUGUACACAGCCCAGCGGCUGGCCAACGCUACCACAGACCAGCAGAGAGACUUGUGGGCAGAGUCCUUUGUCAGCUUGUACAGAGCUAUCAAGCUGGACCUGAUAGGCUGAGAACGACCACACAGCUAAAUGAUAUCGCUAUGUUGGGGAUUUAUACUAUACUGAUACAUGUCAUUGCCUUUAUUUCCAGGUCUCUAUUGGAGAAGGAAUUUAUCUCAUUUUCUAUUAAUCAUUAUAGGUACAGUGUUUCAGCAUGAUUUUCUUGGCAACCCCUGAGUACUAUCGUAUCACACGGACUCAAAAUUACAGUUUCUGAGAUAUACUUUAAUCAUAUUGCUGUUUUUUACAAUACAUUUCUUUGAUUUAUUUAAAACGUUUUUAAAGGUUUAUUACUAGUGUUACCCUGAACCAACUUGGAAAUGCGGAGAAAUCAGUAUGUUUACAUUAAUUUUAAAAAAUCUAGAUAUUUCUUUAAAAAGCACCAAUUUUAGUAAAAUUCGUAUACAGUUCUUAUACAUUGUGUUAUCAUUAAAUACAAGUUCCACCGAUUUUUGUAUUUUUAUUAACAAUGUACAACAUUUCCAAGCUUUGAAAGAAUGUUUCACAGCAAAAAAUCAGCGGUAACCCUCGUUAGCCGACAAACGCAUGGCUUUUCAUAGCUUUUCAUGGCUUUUUUUGGGGCCGUGUCUAUCUGCAUUAGAGCUGUCAAAUUGUAUAGCAGCUGCUGUUGUAGUCAUUGUCACGAAACCACACCUGUCCUUAUAUCCUACCCAUGUUAAAAGUUUAGAACGAGAAAGUGUAGG